AUGGACAAGUCAACAAUUUUAAAACAGUUAUCACACAGUAGAGUAGCACCAUCAUAUAUGGAAUCAAACAUUGAACAGUGGUUACGUGAUGGUAAUGUUGGUAAAUUGGAACAACUGUUGGUAUCCGGUUGUGGUGAUAUGCUAUUACAUCGUACAACAAAAAAUGCCGAUUCUGUUGCCUUCUUAGAACAUCUUCCAGAGAUGCUUGCUGAAAUUGAUACUGUUCAUCAAGCGGUAAAAGAAGGUAAUUUGGAGAAUAUCAAAAAGUUAAUAACAUCAAAAAAAGCUGCUUUGGCCCGAGAUCGAUACGGCUGUACACCGUUGCAUAAUGCAAUCGUUUUUGAACAAACUGAAAUUAUUCGAUAUAUUGCAGCAAAUUUUUCUAGUGUUCUCAAUGCUCCCGACUAUAACAAGCGUACACCGAUGCACUAUGCUGCCGCUGCAAGAGAUGGAGGACAUUAUAUGAAAAUUUUGAACAAAGCUGGUGCUGAUCCAUUAGCCAUUGAUAAUGAAGGACGUAUACCCGACUAUUAUCGACGUAAUGCUGUAAUUGAUUUAAAGGUUAUGAAGGAACGUAGCAACGAGAAGGAGGCAGCACCGGAUGACGAUAGCGAUGAUGAAUCUAUGAGUCAUUCGUUGCAAAGUCUUGAAUCUAAUUCUGUUGCCGAUGGUGGUUAUCAUGACGAUGACGAAGACGUGGAUCGACGUAAAUUUGAAAAAUUUGUUCAAGAACGAAUUGAUAUACCGUUAACAGACAAUGGUUUGUACUUAACCCGAACAGUACUGCCACAGUUAACCAAUGCACUUGUUGAACUUCUUCUACGAAGACCUGCUGAUCCGUUGGCAUUUAUUACUGAUUGGUUUGUACAACAUCGUGAAGAGGAAUCAUCUCAUACAAUCUAA